AUGGAGGAAACUCAGCUGGACUGGAAUGACUCCACGGAUGUCCUUCAAGGCAUCAUGGUUGGACACGAAGGACAUGAUCUGUCCGAUCCUAAAUCCUCAAAUCUCCCCUUCGAUGCCGCAAACCCACUGCUAGACCUCCAACUCGGAUCGCUCGAUCCAUCACUUAACCACCCACUCUUAAGCCAAUGGCCUUCACACCCCCGAGACCUAUACUACUCCCAAUACACUCACUCUCGCCUGACAGGCGAUCAAGAUGCCUGGAAUCCGCUGCUGGCCACCGGUGUCCCGGCCACCUCGUCCAUCUCGCAUAUGAACAUGCCUGCCCAGAUGCCCGACCAGGACUGCUGCUUCUCGCAACAUCACUAUAGCGAGCCAUCUGAGAACGGAAGCCAGUAUAUGGAUAGCUAUCACUCUGCUGAUUCCGGCUACGGUGGGACCAGCUGUGCGACGCAAUCUGUUGUUGCUUCUUCAUACAGCGUGGACUCCUCGAGCCCGCAGAUGGACAUGACAGAGAAUAUCUCCACCGAGUCGGGGCCUUCGUUUGAUCAUGCCAAGUAUGGGUCUGUGUCUGAGUCAUCGUACACAUCGGAGUUUAUGGGCUCGCCAUCGCAGCUGGUUGAUGCCUCGAUGCGAUGCGAGCAUCCAUCAUGCAAGUGGGUUGGGAAAUGCCCUUCGGACAAAAGGAAACACGAGGCUCGCCACAAGAAGCUCUUCAAAUGCGACGUGCCAAAUUGCCCGCGGAAGGACGGGUUUGGCACCAUUAAUGAUCUUGCCCGUCAUAAGAAAUGUGUUCACAAUAAAGAGCCCGAGCGUGGGCCCAAGAUGUUGUACAUGUGUUUCGGGACAAACUGCCCGCGCCCGAACAAGAGGUGGCCGCGCCUGGAUAACUUCAAGCAGCACCUGAACCGGAUGCACCAUGAAGAGGAUGGGGAGGGACUCUUGAAAAAGUCCAUGGAUUGGUAUGAGACAGUCAUCCUUUGCCAACCAGAACAGAGCUUCGACGAGCGUAGCUCAAGAGAUGAGUCGGUAUUAGAAGCGGAAGAAGACGAGGCGUCCGUCCAGUCGACUGCCGAUCUCGAGCCGGAAUAUGGUUCAAUGUCCCAACAGAGGACCGACGUCUUCACAUUUGGUGCUGCCACGCCGAGACCCCCUCAGUAUGAUACGCCGUCUCUUGUUGACUCGACAUCUCCUCAAUUCCCCGCUUUUGGCUCCCUGGGUCUGUCAACAACGACUCAAAAUUCGUCCGCUGAACGCGGCAUCACAAAGUCCGAUGGAUCGGUUGCAGAUGCAGCUGAUAACUUAAUCAACGCCAUGACGAAGAUGAUGAACAACCGCGGGCGGAGACCAAGUCAGAAUAUCGACGAGGGGAUCGACCUUGAAACCGACGCUGCUCAGCUAUCCCAGCCCCAGCGGCAAAUGCUGCAGAAGGUUCUUUCGGUGGCCCUGGAACGGUUAUCCGACGACAACGAAGCAACCACACAAGAUCCUGAUAGCGAAAAGCGUGGCUGGUUCCAAUGUGACGCGUGCCCAAAGCAGACCCGGCUACGAUGUGAAAUGAAGAAACACCAGAAGCGUCACGAACGACCAUACGGCUGUACAUUCCCCCACUGCGCUAAGUCAUUUGGCAGCAAAGCUGACUGGAAGCGCCACGAGAGCUCCCAGCAUCUCGGUAUGCCAAGUUGGUUCUGCACAGAACACGAUGUGCAAACAGGCGCCUCGUGCGAGCGGCUGUUCUAUCGACCCGACACAUAUACCCACCACCUGCGCCAGCACGGGAUUCAUGAAUAUCACGUCGCAGCUUCGGCUGGCAAUAACCGGCUCGAUCUGGCUGGCCAGUCGCACUUCUGGUGUGGGUUCUGUAACCACAGAGUCCCACUAAAGAACCAUGGCCCGGAGGCCCUGGAUGAGAGGUUCAAUCAUAUCGAUAUUGAGCAUUUCAAGAAAGGAGAGAGGGGUCAGGACUGGCGGUUCCCAUCUUCGUCACUCGAGGGAGACGAGAUGGAUCAGACUAAGGAUGUUGCGGUACAGACGUUCGACCACAGUCGGAAGGCUUCAACGACCGGCGAGCGGAAGCGCAAGUAUGCUGCGGCAUAA